GGACGAACAAGCGGAAAUGGCAGCUGCAGCUGCACCGGGAAGAAAAAUGACCAGAGUAACGACACUUUCGAACGCAAAUCCGCAACAAGAUCCGGAACCGGAUUCGCUCGUCCCGGACGCCGCACACACUGAUUCACAAGUCACUGCUACUGAAGCUUGCAUUGACCAAGAAGAAACAAUGCUGCCGCUUUGUAAUAAUUCCAAAUUUCUAGAGCAGCACUGCUGGGGCUGCCAUACGUGGAUCUACCAUCCCGGGCGUUGGCUCGCCGCGAAGGAUGAAAGCAGACUAUGCUUCUCGGCACUCCACCUGCACCCCCUCAUGGACGUGCCGGUCUGUGUAGUAUGUUGCGAAGACGUUGAGGAAGUCGAGCGAAAUUUCCAGCAGAAGCAACAGCAAGGCAUCGCCAACCCCCCCAUUAGGAGUACUAUGGACAUGCUCAGCAGCAAUGAGAAAUCCAAGAAAAAGGCAGAUUUGUAUGCAUGCGCCUGCAGUGCGUGUGGGAARCUACAGAGUAACGAGCUUGGGRUGGACCAAAAGCGGGAACAUGACUUUUUGGUGUGUAGGAUUUGUUCAAGGGAGAUUUGCCAGCAAUGCUUCCAACAGGCGCUUGGUGGCGAAGGUCAGGCUGACAAAAAUCACCAGGAUGGCAACGGUAWCGGGAAGCCGAUACCGGGAGAGUGGCGGUGCUUUUAUUGUCCAUGUGGCGAUGAAGAAAGCUACAACAGGUGCAACGCGGGCACCAGCACCAGUAAUCUUCCGGCCUUUCUUCAACAGCUGCAAACACGGACCCGGGAGCUCUUUUCAACGAACUCCAGAAAAAAAAUUGCAGUGCAACCCAUCAAUGAAGCACUCGGGGAAAUGRAGCAACUUGAAUUCGAGCUCAAAUCCUGUGAGCGCAAGCUUGAAGAAGAAGAUGAACUCUUGAGGACCAUACGGAAUGAGCUCUCUACCGAAAUAGGGAACGAUGGAGAGCAAGUGCUAUUUUUGGAACAACGCAUCCUCGACGUGCACACUGAGUGGAUCUACCACCAAAGACGGUUGCUGGAUCGGAUCGCCAUCCUGGGAGACAAGUUCCGGUCUGAUCAUGGAUUUGAUGCUCACCGAUGGAUGAAAAGCAAAAAACAUCUUUCUUCCGAAGKAACGGCCCGGGACGAAGAAGAGGGCGAGGAACCAUUAUGGAAGGUAUCCGCAGACAAAGCCAUAACUAAACGGGAACGGGAGGAAAAUCGUGCCUGGAAAGAUGAGCAACGUGAGCUUUUCCGCAAGCACACCCGACAUAAAUUCGGUUUCGACUCAGAGUCUAACGUUCUGUCACCCGAAGACUGGGUCGAGGAUCUUGGAAGUAGCAGCGAGGCGGAGGAUGAAGACAGUCUCUCUGGAGAAUCAGACUCACAAUCCGAUUUUUUUGAUCUCGGAUGGCGAAACGCCCCUUUCCGGGCCUCGAAGCUCGAAAUAGCCAAGGCGAAGCAGCUAGAAGACAGGCGUCGUCUGGAGGGAAGGACUACUGUUCGUGUCAUUGAAUGCAGCAAACGCGACGACGAAAGGGAAUUCAGGGCAUGGGAAAAUGGGUUGAAAUCGUCCAUGACCGAAAUCCCAUAUGAAUCGUCGUCGGUCGAUUCGAGACUGGAUUUAGAAGAAACCAGCAGCAAUAAUCAUCACGCAACUGGUACACCACAAACCGAGAAAUAUUUUACUCCGUCACAUGCGACGUCGGGUGGGGACCAGUCGAYGAGCACAGCUCAUGUCUCUAUAUUCGCAGGAAGGUUAAAAAACAGGCGUGGACUUCGACCUUCACUUCUUGUCUUGUCAAAAGAUCCCCCGAUUUCCAUCGACGGUCGUAUCGAGAGACACCUCAAGGAACACCAAAGAGACGGGAUCCAAUUCAUGUUUCGAAACUCUUUUGCAGACCUCGUAAGAGACGACGUUUCUAUUCCUAUUGGGGGUUGCAUCCUCGCGCACUCGAUGGGUCUUGGUAAGCAUCUUAUGUUGUUGAAAUUGGUAUUGAUAUCACUGCCAAUGCUUGAGGUGGUCUUUAUUCCCUUUUUCAAAUCGAUAUUCAAUGGGAAAUUCUUCCUUUUUUUGGUCUACAUUUCUGUUGUACGUAACAUUCYAUUGAAAAGGRAAAUCUUUGUCUUGCAUUUCUCUUYUGCAAACAGUCAUGYUGCACCCGUUGCUCAUCGAUUCGGUGACACAAAGRGCWAGAAUAUUUAAAGUAUUGUUAGUCGUUCCGGUCAACACGAUUAUGAAUUGGGAGAACGAAUUUUGGAAAUGGACGGGUAAAAUUCAGGAGAGAGCUAAUCUUUUCAAUGCAUCWACGGAAGCAAUCAGUGGCCGUUACAAGGUCGUYGARGCAUGGUCAAAUCAGGGGGGGGUCCUGCUUGUCUCCGAUGCUUUGUUUCGRAGCAUGGCCCAGAAUCAAAUCAUCGAAAAAUUUCUUAUUGACUCUGAUGCAAUUGUACUAGAUGAAGGGUAAGUUUGUAUUGUUGCUAUCGUUCGGUUGGCUUGUAUCGAAUGUGCAUGCUUCUUUGAAAUCGCGAUCCUCUCACGAACUUUUCCUCUUUGAAUUAAGUCAUAAAAUGCUAAAGAAUACAGACAGCCUAAUUUUUAAGGCAUUGAUGAAGAUAAAUACCAAACGAAGAAUUUGUCUCACCGGCACACCAUUUCAGAAUAAUCUGAUGGAAUAUUAUCGAAUGAUUUCCUUUAUUCGCCCAAAACUCCUGGGUAACUCUGAAACYAGCUUUCAAAAGGAAUGGAUCGACCCAAUCCAAGCCGGAAUGGGAAGAGAUGCACCAGAAGAUACAAAAGUUAUGGCUGAUUCAAGACUUGAAUUUCUAUUCGAAAAGUUGAAGCCUCAUGUUCAUCGAAAAGAUGCAACUCUCCUAGCGAAAGACCUCCCCCCUCUGCAACAAGUAUGCCUGCAUUUGAGACCAACMAAGCUACAGCGWUGUCUCUAUCGGGCGUACAACGAGUACAAAAGCGCCACGGACGAUACUAAUUUCUUCCGGCAAUUUUCUUCGCUGCGUUCAGUCCACAAUCAUCCUGCRACCCUUCUGUCCCAGCCCCAGCAUGAAAAACGAAUCAGAUCCAUGACGAAGAAGARGGAUWYRCUAUAUCACAACAUCAAAYUGYAUCAGAAAGGAAUAUCCAACAGCGGCAGCAAGCCCGAAACUUCUCUAUUAAGUUCCGACGAAGAUGACGACGACAGCAGAUGCGAUACUAAAGUCUCUCAUAAGUGCUGGUGGACAAAUACUGCCAUGAAGUUUGGCAUCCAUAACAUGAAAAAUCCAGAAAGGUACGUAGCUGUGACACAAUUUAGGCAAAGCGAUUGUUUAUCCCUUUUGAGUCUUCGUACUAAUCAGUUGUUUAUAGCGGGAACAAAUGCAUCGUUCUUUUGCAUAUUUUGUCGCAUGCCAGUGAAUUGGGGGAAAAGACAGUUGUUUUCAGCCAAAGUUUGAAGGUACGUAUUCACGACGCUAGAAGAGCAGGAACACAUGAAGUCUGAAAUAUGAUGCUGAUGUUGAUGCUGWGCUGUGCYGACUCUUUCAAAAAUUCAUGUUAUUGUUUCAUAGACACUUGAUUUUUUGUCAACAACACUGGCUUCGAAAAAUUGGAAAGAAUUAUGUCCAUCGUUACAAGAAUCGUUCCCCGACAUGRAGAUUGGRGGUUGGGUUUUGGGUAAAGACUUUCUUCGACUUGAUGGGACAACAAGCCCUACAGAAAGGAGGGAUCGUUUGAACGAUUUUUCUUGGGAGAAACGCAUUAAGUUAUUUCUCAUCAGCUCAGAAGCUGGCGGCAUAGGCAUAAACAUUGUUGCAGCAAAUCGUGUCGUAUUGUAAGUCAGUGGCUUUUCGUUACAAGAAUUCUGAUUGGAUUCCUUACAUAUGAUUUUGGUYGUGUCUCACAAUGCCCAUUGUUGUUGAAUUGUUUCGAUCGUUGGUAUUUGCAGGUUCGAUAGCCAUUUUAAUCCAUCAAUC